UUGUUUUUCAUCUGUCAUGUUUCUGUCUUGACGACAGUUCUACGUUCCAAAAUAACAUGGAGCGCUGAUGCGCGAAUGAGUGCGCUAAUCGAUUCUGCCGAGAUACUUCUUCUGCCACCGUAGAAGGAAGCGAUUGAUUUAUAUUGGCGCCGGUUGCGACGCGCCUUUCCGCUAUGACUAUUCCAUGCCGUAGGAAACAGCAUGUGGGCGUGCGCGCACAACACUAUUACAGAACAGAGAGUAAUAGUGUGCGAAGCUCGACAUCGCGAUACCGAUUUUACAUCUCAGCCAGAUGAAAACAACAAGAUCGCUCAUCUAACUGUCCGUUUCCGCUUAUCGGUGAUCUUCAAUUGGAAAUUAAAUUACUCUCUUCUGCAAAGAUGUCCUACUAAAGAGUCCCAUCUGGUUCCUGUCCUUCUUGCGACUUGAAAGAUGUGACACGACUGGAUUAAUUCACCGCGAUAAGAUCCCAAUUCAUCAAUACUUUUUUCCGCUCCUUCGUACUUCAUACAGGUAGCGGCACGCACGAAAUCUCAUUCGUAAAACCGUCGUGGGCGACGUAUAAAGUCGCGGGCGACCCGCGUCCGCGCUUCAGUCCACGGACGGGCUCUCGUAUCCACGUUGACGCGCUCGCGCGUCCGUCAGAACUUUCCGCGUCGCGACUCCGAAAGCAUCAUCGAGAGGAACGUAUUCUCGAAAGGAACUCGCGGGCGACCGCUGCUUCCUCAUCUUUGCUGCUCGCGAAAAAAGUUCACGACAGUUUGAUUAUUCGCGUGAGCUACGGACACGCAGUUACACGUCAGGAUGCGAGUCCUGACGGUGCUGAUUCUGGGAUUGCUCGUUGUCUACGCCGUCGACGGUGCUGUUAUACCGGACGAAGGUCUCAAGAGGGACCUGCAGGAUGUGUGGCAGGAAGAUGAUUUCGUGAUCGCGCUGUCUAACAUCAAGAUCAAGAAGAGGCAGUCUGGCAGCGCGAUCGAGACUCUCUUAGCCGUCAAGUAUGGAGAGUCGAAGAGCAAGAUGGUACUGAUACUCGAUCGGCGAACGAAACGCGUUAUACUCGAGAGUCUCGACGAGAGUGGUCGACGCAGCGCUGGCCACAUCAAUGUGGACAGCCUCGCGGUGAACACGCCGCUAAAGAGCCUGGUUAUCCUGGUGCGUCAAGGUGAACUGAAUCGUCGCGUGGACGUAUACGUCGACUGUGUCUACCAGGGCUCCAUACCGCUCAAGAGAACCUUCCGCGACAUCGCCGAGAACGAGGAGAGCCCGUACGUGGAAGUGUUGCGAGAACGGAGAAGCCAGGCAAAAGUAUACAAGACGAGCAUCAACGAGGUGCUGAGGAAAGAGGAAUGCCCUGAUAAACUAGUCGACAUGGUUCUCCCGUCAGUACUUGAGACCGAUUUAUUUCCCGGUCAUACAAGAAUUCGACCCGCGUCUCGACCGACCGGUACCACUUCCGACGAGGACGAGACGAUUGAAGAGGCUGAUGCGUCUACGGACCAGAACCGCAGUAGUCCGGAAUCAGCCGUUUCGUCCGUUAGCGGUAAUCGUCCCAAUCGUCAUCGGCCCGGUCAUAAGGAACCAUCCGACAAGAAGAAGCCGCACGGCUCUCGCCCUGGACGCGGUGAUCCCGAUUAUUCCAACUCGCAUCGUCCUGACCGCGACCACAAGCGACCUGACAGGAAUCCGUCCAAUUACGUGUUCAACUUGAAACCCGACGAACUGGACGAGACGGAACCAACGUCGGACACAGACGAUGGAUAUCACGAUCUUGUCAAGUCUGGGCGACCUGAAUCGAAAGGAUCCACGGAAUCCAAACGACCCUACGAGCCGGAUUUGCGUCCUGACAAAGGACGCGGUUCUUCGAGUGAACGAGGACCUAACAAACGACCCGGUGAAUGGAGUUCGUUCGACAAAAAUACAGCCAUAGAACCGUACGAUCAGAAUGAGUCUGAACCUGACGGUGACCGAUCUGGACACAAGCCAAGGUUACCUAGAAGAGGCGACAUUGGAAUUCAGAGUCUAGAUGAGAAAAUUUGUCUGACCGACACCAACAUCGUGAAAGCCCUAAACGAAUUAAUCGACGCCACUAAGAAGAUGUGGAAGGAAUUGGAGCAAAACAGACUGGAAACCCAACAACUUCGUCGUUUGAUCGAAAACUGCGCGGCGUGUCGUGCACCCAUCGUGCCACCGCCGACACGGCCAACGUCCACGUGCGACCACAACUCCCCGUGCUUCCCCGGCGCCGAUUGUCGCGAAACGUCCAGAGGACCCCAAUGCGGCCCCUGUCCUCCUGGUUUCACCGGAAACGGACGGGUCUGCAGCAAGAUCCACGUUAUCACCUGCAUCGACCGACCGUGCUACCCCGGGGUGCAGUGUUACGAAGUCACCAACGGUUACAGAUGCGGCGGAUGCCCGAGCGGAUACACGGGCAAUGGCGAGAAGUGCGAGAGACGCAGAAACGGCUGUCAUUCUCAACCCUGUCAUCCGGAAGUUCAGUGCUACCCCACUGAGCAUCCACCGUAUUACAGGUGUGGUCCUUGCCCAAGAGGAUACGUAGGCAACGGCACGACCUGCCUCGACGUGAACGAAUGCGAACUGUCUCACCCGUGCUACCCUGGAGUGCGUUGCAUCAAUCUCCACCCUGGGUAUAGAUGCGACCAGUGUCCGAGGGGUUACGUCGGACCAUUUGUGGAAGGUAUCGGCAUCGAAAUGGCCCGAAAGCAAAAACAGAUCUGCCGCGACAUAAACGAGUGCGAAACCAACAACGGCGGAUGCGAUCCUUACUCAGAGUGUAUCAAUACUGAGGGAUCCUACAGAUGCGGACCAUGCAGAAGCGGCUACAUCGGCAAUCAAACAAUAGGGUGUCAUUCUAGAGGCAACGUCUGCCCAGGUUCAACGACAGGCUGCGACGUCAAUUCCGAUUGCGUUCAAGCGUUCACUCAUGAGUAUACUUGUAAAUGUCACGUCGGUUGGGCCGGAAACGGUCAGACUUGUGGUCCCGAUACCGACCUGGAUGGUAUUCCCGACAGGAGCCUCAGUUGUCACGAUCCUCGCUGUCGGUCCGACAACUGUCCGACGACGCCUAACAGCGGGCAAGAGGAUACUGACGAGGACGGCAUAGGCGACGCCUGCGACCAAGAUUCCGACAACGACAGCGUGCUAGAUACGAUCGACAAUUGUCCGUUCGUUUAUAAUCCGGACCAACGGGACACCGAUGGCGACAAGACCGGUGACAUUUGCGACAAUUGCCCGCUGGUCAAUAAUCCGAAGCAGUGGGAUAUCGAUGGCGACGGCACAGGCGAUGACUGCGACGACGACAUGGAUGAUGACCGUAUCCCGAAUCAUCAGGACAACUGCCCAAAGAUGAGGAACGCGGAUCAAUUUGAUACUGACGGCGACGGUAUCGGCGACGCCUGUGACAAUUGCCGACACGCACCGAAUUCCAAUCAAGCGGAUCAGGACGGUGACGGCGUCGGGGAUGUUUGCGACAACGACAUGGACAGGGAUAAGGACGGCGUACAAGACAACCUGGACAAUUGUCCCAGUGUGCCGAACCCCGGACAAAACGACGGCGACCACGAUGGUGUUGGCGACGAGUGCGACGACGAUAUCGACAACGACGGCGUACCGAAUGGAAUCGAUAACUGUCCUUAUGUAUACAAUCCGGAUCAGCGUGACAUCAAUCACGACGGUAUCGGCGACGCGUGUUGGAACGACAAUGACAACGACACGGUUAUCAAUAUUUACGACAACUGUCCCAACAAUAGUCUGAUAUGGUCAACGGAUUUUCGAAAAUACACAACAAUCGCUCUCGAUCCGAUCGGUACCUCCCAGGAAGAUCCUGUAUGGAGAAUCAAUCAUCACGGUGCGGAGAUUCAACAGCUCAUCAACAGCGACCCUGGAAUCGCUAUAGGGCCGGACAUACUCAGCGGCGUCGAUUACGAGGGCACCUUUUACAUCGACGACGACACCGACGACGAUUACGUGGGAUUCGUAUUCUCCUAUCAAGACAAUCGCAGAUUUUACAUCGUCGCCUGGAAGAGGGAGAAUCAGGUCUACUGGUUGGGUACACCAUUCCGCGCGGUGGCCGAUGCCGGAAUCACGUUGAGACUCGUCAAUUCCGAGACCGGUCCGGGCGAGGUGCUCAGAAACAGUCUGUGGCAUAACGAAGAUACGCCUAAUCAGGUGAAGAUUUUAUGGAGGGACCCGAGCAAGUACGGCUGGCAACAGAGGACUUCGUACAGGUGGCAUCUGCUUUACAGACCGCAAAUCGGUCUGAUCAGAUUCUGGCUACACGAGGGCACGCGCCUAAUAACUGACUCCGGAAACAUUUACGAUUCAACCUAUGCAGGCGGUCGACUGGGUGUCUAUUGCUUCUCGCAGGAAAUGAUUACCUGGUCCGACUUAUUGUACAAGUGCACAGAAACUGUGCCACAAUCCGUAUGGAACGAAUUACCAUCUCACCUGCAAGCGCAAGUUCAAGUGGGUGCUAGCAGCUUCGGGCAACCACAAAUGACACGACGAAGAAUGGACGACUAUUACUAAAAUUCGUUUUCGACGAUCUAUUCAUGGCGCGAAAAACACAUAGGUGAAUAAGUAGCGCGGAGAGUUGAAGUGUUCCGUAAUUCUCUCGCAAAUAUAGAGAGCCGAUUUAUAGCCAAUUUAAAGUCGUUAUAAUCGAUCACGCCGAAAUAGCGCUAGCUUAAGGAAAAUUGAACUCUAACUUCAAUUCGAAGCAGAGAGAAAUUUUGUACAUUUUCACAAAUUGUGUAAAUUUCACAGAUAUUCAGUGCAAAAACACAGAUAUUCGACAAACGGCACUCGAACAUAUCUUCUCUCCUUAAUCCAUUAAUCAAUCUUCUAUUCUAUUGGAAUUGUUCGAAUAUAUUUAAUACGUCUCUUUGUUAAAAAAAACCGAACGUACUUACUUUACGCGAAUACUGAAACGCGUAUAUAGUUGCAAUAUAUCUCAAUUAAUAUAUACAUUAAUAUAUAUAUACAUAUACAUAUAUAUAUAUAUAUAUAUAUAUAUAUAUAUAUAUA